GAGAGAGACAGCCAUAUGUAUGCAACUUCAGACAGUGCAGCGGACCUUCCAUCGCAAAGUCGCAAGAGUACGUAAGCAUUGCACGUAACUGAACGAACUGGUGAGAAACGUUCGUCGAGAAUUUCUAUCGGUGAGGAAAAAUGUGCCGGUGCUGUCCGGGUGUUGUUGCGUCUCCGACGAGAAAUCACCAGAAAUUACCAGGCUAGGACGAGGAUCAGUCGAUCCGACGACUGCAUAUCGACACCGUAAUUGGUCCGACAACAUACGUACAAAGUUACAUGGCGAGUUAUUCGCGGGGACGUUCCUCCCGACAAUCCGAUGACACGAUGGACGAUGACGUUGACGAUAAGGAUGACACAAAACGGAAAUCACGUAAUUUAAGCGAAAAAAAACGUCGUGAUCAGUUCAACAUGCUCGUUAACGAGCUAGGAAGCAUGGUGAGUUCGAACACACGGAAAAUGGACAAAUCUACCGUGUUGAAGUCGACGAUCUCGUUUCUGAAGAAUCACAAUGAAAUAGCAGUAAGAUCCAGGGUUCACGAAAUUCAGGAAGAUUGGAAACCAUCGUUUCUUUCGAACGAAGAAUUCACGCAUCUGAUAUUAGAGGCUCUGGACGGUUUUAUAAUGGUAUUUUCUUCAAGCGGGCGCAUUUAUUACGUGUCCGAAAGCGUUACAUCUCUGCUCGGCUAUCUCCCAAACGAGUUAGAGAACACAACAAUCUAUGAUAUUACGUAUCAAGAGGACCAAUCAUCGUUAUACAACGUAUUACUGAAUCCUGUCAACACGAGGGAUCGGCGGAAUAUUAAGAAAGAGGACCAAAUAUCCUUCUCGUGUCAUAUCAAGAGGGGCGGCCUAAAUAUCCAGGACAACCCGGUAUACGAGCUUGUACAAUUUGUUGGGUACUUUCGUUCCGAUGUCGACACGGAGGUAGACAAUUUAUUACCGAACACGAAGUUCGGUAAUACCACUGGAAUUGAUACAAAAUUAGUUUUCGUGGGUACAGGACGUCUCCAAACGCCACAGCUGAUCCGCGAGUUGUCCGUGAUGGACAACACAAAGUCAGAGUUCACAUCUCGACACAGUCUCGAGUGGAAAUUUUUAUUUCUGGACCAUCGAGCACCACCCAUCAUCGGUUAUCUUCCCUUCGAGGUUCUGGGCACGUCCGGAUACGAUUACUAUCACGUGGACGAUUUGGACAAGGUUGUCAUGUGUCACGAAUCGCUUAUGCAAAAGGGCGAAGGAACUUCCUGCUACUACAGGUUUCUCACGAAAGGCCAGCAAUGGAUAUGGCUGCAAACUAGGUUUUACAUAACCUAUAAUCAGUGGAACUCGAAACCGGAGUUCAUUGUCUGCACGCACUAUGUUGUUAGCUAUAUUGACGUUAUUAAGGAACUAAGGAAGGAGUCGGAGAACUUCAAUAAGGAACAUAGUCAGGAUGUUCUUAUUCCUGUGAAGCAGCAGCAGGUGACGACUUCUUGUCCAGUUUCGCCAACGCAGUGGCCCAAAUCCUCCAGAACGCCGAAAUCUGUAUCUUCCAACACCAGAUCACGGCACCACGUCGAAAGUUCCGACAGUUCCUCCGUGUCAGCUUCCCUACGGAGCUCUCCACAUUCGCAGAUCAUCCACAUUUCAAGGUCGAAGGGUACUUCUGCGAACAGCUCGAUCACGAACAAGAGUCACAUAGCCACGAUAGAUAAUAGACAACAACAGCAACCGCAACAGGCGCAGCAUCAACAACCACUGUUGGAUGUUGAUCAAGGUUGCAUUAAUUUUAUGGAACAAACACAGUAUGCGACUGUUAAUCUGCAACCUGUUGUCAGUACUGCUUUUGCGGCACCGGCUACACCGAUUAUUUCUACGUUGGCAACUCCUGAGAUGUUACAUCCACAAGGAAUGGUGAUGACACCUGCUCAGAAUCAGAUACAAGAUGAACUGCAGCGUAAACAUGAAGAGUUGCAGCAGUUGAUCGUGCAUCAACAAGAAGAGCUUAGAAGGGUGUCGGAACAAUUAUUUAUAGCUAGAUACGGAAUUCUAUCCCCAUUACUCAAUGCAAGCAUGCCAUACAACGCAACGAACGCGUGCCAGCAGAUGAACCGCUGCAACACGAACAAUUCCAACGUGCAGUUACCCACAUCGAACAGCGUGCAAGGUGUGAACGUUCUUCCUCUGCCAAUCACCGUGCCAGUGCCAAUAGUGCCUACGGAAUUGUUCUCUCAUCCGUUGACGGUGAGUUCUGUGCCAACUGUUCCUGCCACCAUUCAAGGCAACGUCGCCACAAUGAUACAACCGCAGCAGCUACAACCUCAAACUCAACAACCUCAGCAACAAGCAUCGACGCAGCCGAACAACAAUGCUCCGGAGCUCGUGCCUUUUCAGAUCUGUCCACAUCAAGCGGAUAUAUUGUACAACGACAUGGAAACGCCAGCGAAUCAACAGCGAUCGUCGCAGAAUUGAGAACCGUUUGACUGAGAGGUUAUGUAAAAAUUGGGCCCAAAUGAACGCGUUACGAUGACCGAUGUUGAACGAUGUUACGAUGACCAAUUUUGUAAAGAAUGUAGGUUAUAACUUCGAUGAGACGAGUUGGUAUUUUCGAUUAGAAUUGGGUUUUGAAGUUCAGAAUGGCGGUCUUCCGAUGUGAAUGUCUUUGAGAUUUUGCGAUCGUUCAACUUAUCGAAUCUUUUGUACAUUUUUCAUUUAGUUUGUACGUUAAGAUCAAUUUUUGUUAUGUAUAAGUUUCGGAUGUCGGUUGAAAAUGUUACAUUUUUAUGACAUCGAUUUAUAGCGAAUCUGUUAGAAUCUGAUAGUACAUUGUUU